AUGACCGCGCCCGCAACUCUGCCCCCGGGGGUCGAGGACACCACCUGGACCCCUGGGAUCAAUGCCAGCUGGGCUCCGGACGAGGAGGAGGAGGAGGAUGCGGUGCGGUCCGACGGCACAGGGACAGCGGGCAUGGUUACUAUCCAGUGCAUCUAUGCGCUCGUAUGUCUGGUGGGCCUAGUGGGAAACGCCCUGGUCAUCUUCGUGAUCCUACGCUAUGCCAAGAUGAAGACAGCCACCAACAUCUACCUGCUCAACCUGGCCGUCGCCGAUGAGCUCUUCAUGCUCAGCGUGCCUUUCGUGGCCUCGGCGGCUGCCCUGCGCCACUGGCCGUUCGGAGCGGUGCUGUGCCGCGCAGUGCUUAGCGUGGACGGCCUGAACAUGUUCACCAGUGUCUUCUGCCUCACCGUGCUCAGCGUGGACCGCUAUGUGGCUGUCGUGCAUCCUCUGCGCGCCGCCACCUACCGGCGGCCCAGCGUGGCCAAGCUAAUCAACCUGGGAGUGUGGCUAGCAUCCUUGUUGGUCACCCUGCCCAUCGCAGUUUUCGCGGACACCAGGCCGGCUCGUGGGGGUGAGGCAGUGGCUUGCAACCUGCACUGGCCUCACCCGGCCUGGUCUGCGGUCUUUGUGAUCUAUACUUUUUUGUUGGGCUUUCUACUCCCGGUUCUGGCCAUCGGAUUAUGCUACCUGCUUAUUGUGGGUAAGAUGCGUGCUGUGGCCCUCCGGGCUGGCUGGCAACAACGGAGACGCUCAGAGAAGAAGAUCACUCGGCUCGUGCUAAUGGUGGUGACCGUCUUUGUGCUAUGCUGGAUGCCUUUCUAUGUGGUGCAGCUUCUGAACCUGUUUGUCACCAGCCUCGAUGCCACUGUCAACCAUGUGUCCCUCAUUCUGAGCUAUGCCAACAGCUGUGCCAACCCCAUUCUCUAUGGCUUCCUCUCUGACAACUUCCGGCGCUCUUUCCAGCGGGUUCUGUGCCUGCGUUGCUGUCUCCUGGAAACAACUGGCGGUGCUGAGGAAGAGCCCCUGGACUACUAUGCCACUGCUCUCAAAAGCAGAGGGGGUGCAGGAUGCAUAUGCCCUCCACUGCCCUGCCAGCAGGAGCCCAUGCAAGCAGAACCUGGCUGCAAGCAAGUCCCCUUCACCAAGACCACUACUUUCUGA